AUGGCGAGCCACCCUUCUCCAACCCAGCAUGGCGUUGCUGGCAACUACAAACGCGCCAGCCGAAAGGGCGCACCUCGACGAUUCGUGUGCGACCAUCCGGGGUGCGAGAAGUUGUACUCAAGGGCGGAGCAUCUGCAGAGACAUCAACUGAACCACAACCCUAAAGAGAUCUUCAUUUGCGACGUGCCGGGAUGCGACCAAAAGUUCGUUCGAGCUGACUUGUUGAGCCGACACAAGAAGCGACAUUCAUCUUCAUAUAUCCCCCGUAAUCGUGCACCAAGUUUCAGCACUUCCGCCGCCUCUAACGGCCUGCCUGGCGUCGCUGUGUCGUCGCCAACGGCUGCUGUUCCCGCCCGACCGGUAUUCCCUCAGCCAGUACAGCCAUCGUCGUCGGCCGGUCCGCACGAUGCGGCCAUCCUGCUGACUCCCGACUCUAACGCCACCCCAACGCCUACAACGGGCGCACCUAAUGCAUCAUUAACAGCCAGAGUUGGCCAACCAUCAACAUGGCCCUCAAUAGACGAUAUCUCCGUCAACAUGAUGCGCCCGAAAUCCGAUCUAUUCGGCCGGGACCAGCCGCCGAUACCCGCAGAAUCAUCGAUAAUGCCGUCUUUCAAUGCAAUGGACUUUCAAUCGGAUGAAGCACUAUCCCGAGAGAACUUUGCCGUCUGGUUGUUCGACCCUCAAGCAAGUUUCAGCGAUUUCAAUGGCGUCGCAAACCUCCCUUUCCUCGAGGGAGGCUUGGAAUCGACCUUCAACAACAAUAUUCACUAUGACUAUGAGUCUUUGACCAGCCGUUCACAACUAGACCCGACACCGCCAAGGCAAGUCGAUGUCAGCGAUGAACUCAUUGGUGAACACCGACGCCAGGAAGUCUUGAGAUGGCUGCAGGUCUUUCGUCAGAAACAACCGAAAUACGAGCAUCGCAUCAUCAACUUGGUGCAAGAAAGUGGUGGAGAUCUGCCCGCACUGAACCUCGACAUGAUGCGCGACUGUUUACAGGAGUACUGGAAGAACGUUUCACCAAGGCUACCCAUUGUCCAUCAACCGACAUUCGCAGCAAAUCGAUGUUCCAUCUUCCUACUAAUGGUCAUGAUUGCGCUAGGAGCGGCGUCUUUGAGCAGCAGAGACUCGACAGGAAACCUGGAGCAAUACGGCGGCUUUGCUGAUGUCGUUAUCUCCAGUGUUCGUUGGGAGAUCCUCACAGCUGAAGAGGCAUCACCGCCGGUCGGUCUGGCAAUUGCACAGUCACUACUACUCCUGGAGUUCUACGAGAAGAUGUUCUCGUCAAGGCGAUUCCAUGAGCGAGCCCACAUCUAUCACUCCGCCACCUUGACCCUCUUGAGAAGAGGUAGCCCUCUUAUUGGAAGAGCGGGGAGUGAAUCCCCGCCAGAAGAACAAGCCCCCACCUCGAAUGAUACAGCAUCAUUGGACUCUAGGACGUGGUGGGUACGAUGGGCUGAGUCGGAAGCGAUGCAUCGCGUCGUAUUUGCUGCCUUCAUGCUGGACAUCAUCCACGCAGCCAUGUUUGGGCAUACAGCGGACAUGGCGCCUCAUGAGAUCCGACUUCCGCUGCCUUGUGACGAUGCUCUUUGGACAGCUGCCACUCCUGACGUCUUCCGCCAGCUCGAUGGCAACUACCGCAUGUACGGCAUUAAGCAGGUUUCCUUUCUUGACGGACUGAAGAGCGCUCUCCACGGCCAAGAGGUAAAAACACACACCUUCGGACGGAUGAUCAUCAUGUCAGGCCUGCUGAGUGUUGGGUGGCAUCUGUCCCAUCGAGAAUCUCACCUCAAGUGGCUUGACCUGCGCACACCGAGCACUGAGACGCACGACGGCUGGAAGAAGAUCUUGCUGCGGGCUUUUGACGAAUGGAAGGAGAGCUUCGACAAGGCCGUCGGUGCGAACGACACACCUGAUGCACCAGGUCAACCAUCGAGCCCCAAUGGUCCGAUUCACUCAGCCGCUGCACUCUAUCACUUAGCAUACAUCAGCCUUCACGUUGACAUUGUCGACUGCCAGGUAUAUGCCGGCGCCAAGCGUUUGGUUGGACGUAAGGUUUCCACACGGGAUCACUCCAAUGCCGUUGCGCGGAUGAGGACCUGGUCCAACGCAGCCUCAACACGACAGGCCGUUCUCCAUUCUUUCAAACUUCUCUAUCGCGUCCUUGUGGACCAAAGAGGACCCAAACGACGAACAAGUAGUUUCGGUUCACUUCCUGAGCCGGUUUCAGUGUUCUAUUCAUGCCGCACAGAACCCGAUCCACAUCGGCCGUGGAUCAUGUACUACGCAGCGCUGACCAUCUGGUCGUUUGUUCAAGCACUUGGCAUCCCAAAUAAGAAUGCCCCACCUGGACGGUACAGCGAGAUCGCCAGGUACCUAGCCCACUUUGCCACCCUGGACGAGUUGAACGAUGAAUCAGCGAUGGACCUGAAUGAGAGACUGCCAGAACUCCUCGACUUGUUGAAGACGAGCCUCGAGCAGUCCCAUUCGGAGUUGCUGCGGGAAGCUAGCGACCGACUGAAGCUCUGCCGAGAAAUGCUGCGGUAG